AUGGCUUUCCUCAGAGUUGCCGACUCUAUGGAAGAAAGUGACCCCGAACUCAAAGUUUGGGUCAAACAAGUUCGAGAUGCUGCAUACGACACUGAAGAUGUUCUUGAGAAAUUCAAGCUUAACUUCACACACAAUCAUGGCACUAGAUUCCAUGGUUUUGUUCGUAAGAUUUCUUUCUCCAUCAAGACUUUAAAAGCUCGCUACCAAAUUGCUUAUGAAGUGCAAAGAAUUAAGAACAGGGUCAUCAAUAUUUCCAUGGAACAUCAGAGGUACCAUGAUAAAUAUGGUAUACUAGAGCAAGGCUCAAAAUCCAUUGGUGUUAACAAUGCAUGGUACGAUUGUCGUGGAGAUGCGCUUCUACUUGAAGAAGCUGAGCUUGUGGGCAUCGAGAAGCCCAAAACAAAAUUGAUUGGGUGGUUGGUGGAGGGAGAUCCUAGACUUAAGGUGAUUUCGGUAGUGGGAAUGGAAGGAUUAGGCAAAACCACUCUCGUUAAAAAGGUCUACAAUGAUGCAGCAAUAAAGAAGCAUUUCCAUAUUCGAGCUUGGAUCACAGUUUCAGAAUCAUUCAAGAUUAAAGAGCUCUUAAAAAACAUGAUUCACCGGCUCUUUAAAGAAGUCAAGCAACUAGUUCCAGAAGGAGUGGAAACCAUGGAUUGGAACAGCCUAAAAGGAAUAAUAAAUGCCUUCCUACGUCUAAAAAAGUAUGUGCUUGUUUUUGAUGAUGUAUGGGAUAUUCAAGCAUGGCAAGUUUUUAGAUAUACAUUCCGUGAGUGCAACUAUGGAAGCCGAGUAAUGCUCACAAGAAGAAAUGCUGAUUUAGCCUUAUUCUCUAGUAGAGAAUAUAAUGGCUAUGUCUAUGAUCUACAGCCCCUAUCUCCCCAAGAGUCCUGGGCCUUGUUUUGCAAAAAGACGUUUAAGGAGAACUAG